CAGCGAUUCCUCGCUUCAAAUUCGUGUCUCGUUCCCCUUCUUCUUAAUCUUAAGGAUCAAGAACCAAUAGUGGUGUAAAUCAUAUACCGGUUCUUUCUCUUCCUAAAGCGAAAAAAUGGCAUCUCACAUUGUUGGAUAUCCCCGUAUGGGCCCAAAGAGAGAGCUGAAAUUUGCUCUCGAAUCUUUCUGGGAUGGGAAGAGCAGUGCUGAAGACUUGAAGAAGGUGGCUGCAGACCUCAGGUCUUCCAUCUGGAAACAGAUGGCUGAUGCUGGCAUCAAAUACAUCCCCAGCAACACAUUCUCUUACUAUGAUCAGGUGCUUGACACAACUGCAAUGCUCGGUGCUGUCCCAGCCAGGUACAAUUGGGCUGGUGGUGAGAUAGCAUUUGACACUUACUUCUCCAUGGCUAGAGGAAACGCCUCUGUUCCUGCUAUGGAGAUGACCAAGUGGUUUGACACCAACUACCACUUCAUUGUCCCUGAGUUGGGACCUGAUGUUAACUUUUCUUAUGCUUCUCACAAGGCAGUAGAUGAGUACAAAGAGGCCAAGGGGCUUGGUGUAGACACUAUUCCAGUCCUUAUUGGUCCAGUCUCAUACUUGUUGCUAUCCAAACCUGCUAAGGGUGUUGAGAAAUCCUUCCCUCUUUUGUCACUUCUUGACAAAAUCCUUCCAAUCUACAAGGAAGUUAUUGCAGAAUUGAAGGCUGCUGGUGCUUCUUGGAUUCAGUUUGAUGAACCUACACUUGUGUUGGAUCUCCAAGCUCACCAAUUGGAAGCCUUCACUAAGGCCUACGCCGAGUUGGAAUCAUCUCUGUCUGGUCUUAACGUUCUCACUGAAACCUACUUCGCUGACGUCCCUGCUGAAGCAUUCAAAACCCUCACUGCUUUGAAGGGAGUUACUGCCUUUGGUUUUGACUUGGUUCGUGGAACUCAGACCCUUGAUUUGAUCAAAGGUGGCUUCCCUUCAGGCAAGUACUUGUUUGCUGGAGUGGUUGACGGAAGGAACAUCUGGGCAAAUGAUCUUGCUGCAUCUCUUAACCUUCUGCAAUCUCUUGAGGGUAUUGUUGGAAAAGACAAACUUGUUGUCUCCACAUCUUGCUCACUUCUCCAUACUGCUGUUGAUCUUGUCAAUGAGACUAAGCUAGAUGAUGAGAUCAAGUCAUGGUUGGCAUUUGCUGCCCAAAAAGUCGUUGAAGUUAACGCUUUGGCCAAGGCAUUGGGUGGUCACAAGGAUGAGGCGUUCUUCUCAGCAAAUGCUGCCGCUCAGGCUUCCAGGAAAUCCUCUCCAAGAGUGACAAAUGAAGCUGUCCAAAAGGCUGCUACUGCUCUUAAGGGUUCCGACCACCGCCGUGCUACAAAUGUCAGUGCUAGACUUGAUGCCCAACAAAAGAAACUUAACCUCCCAGUUCUCCCAACCACCACCAUUGGGUCCUUCCCUCAGACGGUGGAGCUUAGGAGAGUUCGCCGUGAAUACAAGGCCAAGAAGAUCUCUGAGGAAGAGUAUGUUAAGGCCAUCAAGGAAGAAAUCAAGAAGGUUGUUGUUCUCCAGGAAGAGCUCGACAUCGAUGUCUUGGUUCACGGAGAGCCCGAGAGGAAUGAUAUGGUUGAAUACUUCGGAGAGCAGCUUUCUGGUUUUGCCUUCACUGCUAAUGGAUGGGUUCAAUCUUAUGGAUCUCGAUGUGUGAAGCCACCAAUUAUCUAUGGUGAUGUGAGCCGCCCCAACCCAAUGACCGUAUUCUGGUCCACAACAGCUCAGAGCAUGACCAAGCGCCCAAUGAAGGGAAUGCUUACCGGGCCAGUUACCAUUCUCAACUGGUCUUUUGUCAGAAAUGACCAGCCAAGAUUUGAAACUUGCUACCAGAUUGCUUUGGCCAUUAAGGAUGAAGUGGAAGAUUUGGAGAAGGCAGGCAUCACAGUUAUCCAAAUUGAUGAAGCUGCUUUGAGAGAGGGGUUGCCUCUAAGGAAGGCUGAGCACGCCUUUUACUUGAACUGGGCUGUCCACUCCUUCAGAAUCACCAACGUCGGCAUUCAAGACACCACCCAGAUCCACACACACAUGUGCUACUCCAACUUCAAUGACAUUAUCCACUCUAUCAUUGACAUGGAUGCUGAUGUGAUCACAAUUGAGAACUCACGGUCCGAUGAGAAGCUCCUCUCAGUUUUCAGGGAGGGAGUUAAGUAUGGUGCUGGAAUUGGCCCCGGUGUCUAUGACAUCCACUCACCUAGAAUACCAUCAACGGAAGAGAUUGCUGACAGAGUUAACAAGAUGCUUGCUGUUCUUGACACCAACAUCUUGUGGGUCAACCCAGAUUGUGGUCUCAAGACUCGCAAGUACGCUGAGGUAAAGCCAGCCCUCGAGAACAUGGUUUCUGCUGCCAAGGCCAUCCGCACCCAACUUGCCAGCAGCAAGUGAGUCAGAUGAAGGAGUCGCGACAUAUCAAAAUUCCCUUUUUCAUGAAACAGAAAAUUUCAUGUUCAUUUUUAAUCAUUGUGUUGGCAACAAAAUAUUGUUGUGUAGGUUAGCUCUGCCCGCUGGGCAUUUUCUUCUUGUCUUUGAGCCAUUUCCUUUUCGGAAGAAAUUAUAUCCAAUGUAUUAUGAUGUUUAUGGGUCGAUUUUGUUACUAUGCGUUAUUUCAUACAUUUUGAUAGUGACAUUUUCAUUCA